GCUCUGGCUUUUAAAGUGUAUUUGUGAGGUGAAGCCGGUUGGAGUAGCAGUCUCAAUCAGGACGAUCUGCGAUCCGGAUCACGUGAACAAAUAUGCUCGCAUUUUAAGGCAGCGCCUUUAUUUGUCAUGAUAAGCUUUCCGAAAUAUACUAAUGUCGACUUCGUCCCGCCAGCCUGCCUCCGUAAAACGUUCGCUUUUUUUUUUUUUUUUUUUCAAACGGGAAGCUGAUCGCUAGUAAUAUUUCGUUUUGGAAUAAGAAGACCUUCUUGGCUUUUUAUUGGUAGCUGAGUGAGUGGCUCCCAUUCUUUCGGGAAUACUGUCCGCAUCGGUAUAUGGAAAUGCCUGGAAAAGCGCGAGAUCAGUUUUAAGACAGUACUUGUCUAUAGACAAAGGGUGAAGGAUAUAUCCGAGCGGCAGAACUGAGAGAUAUUGAGACUAAGAAGCACGGCUAUAUAAUAAAUUGACAUCGCAGGUCGCCGUCUAAAUGAUGAAGACCGCUUGAGGAGAAACAGAGGAGAGAAAGCCACAGAUUGCGGUCAAAGGACAGAAAAUCUGUGGGAAGCUGCAAUCACGUGAUUGACAAGUCCAUGCGAUUGGACAGGGGUUCACAGGCUCUCUUAGUUUGAACCUUCGCCAUGCAGAAAGCCACUUAUUAUGACAAUGCUGGACUUUUCGGAGGAUAUUCGUACCCUAAAUCUGACUCCUACGCGUACGGUCCUGCACACCAGGGCUUCUCGUCCUCCAGCAUAGACAACGACUAUCAAAAUCCGAUCUGCCCCAUCCAAACCACGCCGGUCCGGCCGCCAGCACAUAAAAAUGGAGACAUCAACGGCAGUUGCAUGCGGCCAAGCGCCAGCCAGGGCAACAGCCAAACAGAGAGCAUCAGUGAGCAGCAGCAGCAGCAGCAGCAGGCUGCUCCUUUAGCGGCCAGCUCACCCAGCCCUAACAGCAACUCCACGCAAAAAAAGAAAUCUCCCAGCACCACCGGCUCCAGUACUGCCACCCCAGUCAUCACCAAGCAAAUCUUCCCUUGGAUGAAAGAGACGCGCCAAAACGCAAAGCAGAAAAGCACCAACUGCCCAGCUUCAGGAGAAACCUGCGACGACAAGAGUCCACCCGGCCCUGCGUCGAAACGAGUGCGCACUGCCUACACCAGCGCCCAGCUGGUCGAACUGGAGAAGGAGUUUCAUUUCAACCGCUACCUGUGUCGCCCCAGAAGAGUGGAAAUGGCUAAUCUGCUCAACCUCACCGAGCGCCAAAUAAAGAUCUGGUUUCAAAACAGGAGGAUGAAGUACAAAAAAGACCAGAAAUCCAAAGGCAUAAUGCACUCUCCCUUAGGACACUCUCCGGACAGGAGCCCGCCGUUAAGCGGCUCGAAUCACAUUGGAUAUUCCGGUCAGCUUCCAAACGUGAACGGCCUGAGCUACGACGCGCCGUCUCCUCCGUCGUUCGCCAAACCGCAACAGAACAUGUACGGCUUGGCAGCCUACACGGCGCCGCUGGGCGGAUGCAUACCGCAGCAGAAAAGAUACCCGGGGACAGAGUACGAGCACCACGGCAUGCAGGGCAACGGGAGCUUCGCGAACGCCAAUUUACAAAGCAGCCCCGUUUACGUCGGGGGAAACUUCGUUGAUUCGAUGCCGGCCUCGGGCCCGAUGUUCAACCUCGGUCAUCUCCCCCAUCCCUCAUCCGCUAGCGUGGACUACAGCUGUGCCGCCCAGAUUCCGGGUAACCACCACCACGGACCGUGUGACCCCCACCCCACAUACACAGACCUCAGCUCUCACCACGCGUCUCAGGGAAGGCUGCAGGAUGCGCCCAAACUCACGCAUCUGUGA